CGCAUUCACCCCGCCCGGGGGCCGGUCACGUGCGCGGAAGGUCCCCGUGGGCGGUGCGUGCGUCGUAAGUGCCCCGCGAUGAGAGGGGCGGAGCCGCCGGCACGAGCCGCCGCCGGUUAAAGGCAAUAGAAGUUGAAAACACUCUCCUCGCUUUGCUCCGAGCCUCCGCACCAUCUUCAACAUGGCUGGUGGCAUUACUGAUACAGGAGAGCUUUACUCUCCCUAUGUCGGUCUGGUUUAUAUGUUCAACCUCAUCGUCGGAACAGGAGCCCUAACCAUGCCGAAGGCCUUUGCGACAGCAGGGUGGCUCGUCAGCCUCAUUCUCCUAAUGUUCCUGGGAUUUAUGAGCUAUAUGACUACGACCUUUGUGGUGGAAGCCAUGGCUGCUGCAAAUGCCCAGCUGCGAUGGAAAAGAAUGGAAAAACGCAAGGAGGAUGAUGAUGAGGAUUCCUCCUCUGGAGUGUCUGACAGUGACGUUCUUCUCCAAGAUGGCUAUGAGCGAGCAGAGACACGACCUAUCCUGUCAGUUCAGAGACGUGGCUCACCCAAUAUCUUUGAAAUCACUGAGAGGGUGGAAAUGGGCCAGAUGGCUUCCAUGUUCUUCAAUAAAGUUUUGCAGAAAGGCCUUCCUUCAAAUAAGGGCAGUUGCUCAGUGACCAGUUGCUACUGCCUAGGGUUGAGAAACCGGGCCACACCUGGAAAUUCCUGGCUUCAAGCACCAACCUCUGCAGUUGCUAGCAAGUGUCUAGUGGGUGUCAACCUCUUCUAUUUCUGCAUAAUCAUCUACCUCUACGGGGACUUGGCAAUCUAUGCAGCAGCUGUACCGGUCUCUCUCAUGCAGGUGACCUGCAGUGCCACUGGCAACCAUUCUUGCAGUGUUGGAGAUGGCACAAAGUAUAAUGAUACAGACAAGUGCUGGGGGCCAAUUCGACGGAUUGAUGCUUACAGACUGUAUCUGGCAGCAUUCACUCUCCUCCUGGGUCCUUUCACCUUCUUCAAUGUGCAGAAGACCAAGUAUCUUCAAAUUAUGACAUCCCUCAUGAGAUGGAUAGCUUUCAUCCUCAUGAUUAUUCUGGCCCUCAUCCGCAUCAGCAGAGGCCAAGCUGAAGGUCACCCGUCCAUGGCCCAGCUAUCAGGCAUCCGCAAUCUCUUUGGGGUGUGUGUCUACUCCUUCAUGUGCCAGCACUCCCUGCCGUCCCUCAUCACACCCAUCUCCAAGAAGAAGCACGUCAACAAGCUUGUGCUGCUUGAUUACAUCCUGAUCCUGGCUUUCUACAGCCUCCUGUCCUUCACUGCCAUUUACUGCUUCCGCAACGAUACCCUCAUGGACAUGUACACGCUCAACUUCACCAACUGUGAGAUCAUCAAUGUUGCCUUCAUUCGCUACUUCCUGGGCCUCUUCCCUGUCUUCACCAUCAGCACCAACUUCCCCAUCAUUGCAGUGACCCUGCGCAACAACUGGAAGACCCUUUUCCACAGAGAAGGAGGGACCUACCCGUGGGUGGUGGAUAGGAUUGUCUUUCCUGCCAUCACACUGAUUCCCCCAGUGCUGGUGGCUUUCUGCACCCAUGACCUGGAGUCCUUGGUGGGGAUCACAGGAGCCUACGCUGGGAAUGGGAUCCAGUAUCUCAUUCCGGCUUUCCUCGCAUACUGCAGUCGGAAGGACACUCAGUUGGUCUUUGGCAGCGGGACGGUUAACAAGCACCUCUCCCCUUUCCGGCACACCUUCUGGAUUGUGUUUGUACUCAUAUGGGGCUUUUCUUGCUUUGUCUUCGUGACUGCAAACAUUGUCCUGAGCGAGUCAAAACUCUGACGUGGGGGUAGCGGCACGCUCCCUCCUGGGCUCCAGAGCCUUUUGGCAUUUCAGCUCCCCGUCUGGCACUAUGGAGUGGGGGAGAGGCUGCGUGAAGGGAGGUUUCCAGGCCAUCGGCUUGGUGGCACGGGUUAGACCUGGACACAGACUUUCUUCACUCCGCUUUUGGGUGUGGAUGGAGCGGACUCAGCCUUGUUACGAUCCUGGUCUCAGAUCCACUAUACAAAGCCAUGGGGCUGAGCCCUUGGCAGCCUGCACGAUUAACUGGUGUCCAGCCAUUUCCGCCUUCAGCUCUGUUGGAGCAUCACUGUCUCCGUCCCUACAGAGACUCUGUGUGCUGCAGGCCUCGGCACACAGGAGAGCAGACAGCCUUGGCUGCUCACUGCACUAAUCAGCUAAAUGUCCCUCUCCCAAAGGCAGGGACGUGCUGUUGCAGAAUCCGGCAGGAGUUUGGGAGAAUUGAGUCUCUUUCUGCUGAGACCCCUCCAAACCAACCUCCUGUACCAGUUGAGGGAAGAAAUUAGGGUGGGAAUAGCCCUAAGUCAGAAGAAAAUAGUUUUGUGCUGUUACAUUUUCUUUUUCUAGAGGCAUUAGCCUGUUUGCGCACCGUGGAUUAUCUGGGAUCUUUUGCUCAGAGAGGGAUUUCUCCAGCCUAGGAGUUUACAUUCACAUUUCUCAUCCUGUUCUCCUGUGCUGUGGCAGCCCCAGCCAGGCAGAGCAAAGCCCCUACGCAUGCAGGGUAACAGCUCUUCGCCCCUGGAAAGGAAACUGCAGCCUUGCUUCCCUCUGCUCCUGUACAGGGCUUCAGCUGGCAGAGCCCUUCUCCCUUUCUCACCUUCGCACGGGGCUGGUACAACCAGCCAGACCCUGGCUCCAGUGGUCAGGAUUGGUGCGGGCUGGGGAGGUGCUAAUUACCCAGUCCUGACACGCGUGAGGCCGGCAGGAGCUCUGGCUGCGCACACUGAUGUGUUUCCAGCCUCCUGCGCUGGGUAAUUAGCCUUGAAACAAGGUGGGUGUUAACUCAAGGGAACGGGCUGGUGCCAGGAGGAAGCGGCAGUGCCCUGGCUCAGCCUGCCUGCAGAAGCAGAGCUCCCAGGUGCUGGAGAGGGGGCAAAAACUGAAACCUUGCUGGAACUGCGUCUGAGUUCCCCCUCUUCUCUUUCCGCACAGGGUUAAGGUGGGCUUCGGGCUGGUCCUGCUCAGCUUGGCUGAGAAUGGGGCUGCCUGGUACCUUGGGCAGCCGGGGCUGCAGCUGAGUCUCUGCUGCUGAGGCUUCUGGUGUCUGAGGGAGGCCCUUGGGCAAAGACUGUAUGGGUUUUCCUAACAAAAGGAAGAACUUUAAAAGUUUUCACCUGAAAUAUUUUAAACCCCCUCUUACUAAAGCAGAUUCAAAGCCAGGUGCAUGUCACUUAUGUUAGAUCCUCUUGCCCUCUGCACUUGCUGCAGCAUUAAGUGUCACCACUCACUAAAGCAAGCUUUGAACUGCGGCUCUUUUUAAUCAAGCUCUGUUUUCAAGUAGGACUUUCUGGUUUCCAUAUGACCUGAAGUGCUCCUCCUGGGGGAAUAUGCAAGUACCUGGAGCUGUAUAAAAAAACACUUCAUGGCUUUUAAAGCAAAACCCUGCACCUCUCAAGCCUGAGCACUGCCACUGUGUCCUUGCCGAGCUG